UGAAACGCCAAUGGUGAGGGAAACGGCGCAUCGUCGUUCUGGCUCCAGGCCCUUUCACCUCAUCGCAUGUGGAACCGGGUGUGGAGUGGUGUUUUCAGUGCGUUUUGCGUUCAAUCUUCUUCGUCAGGCCAUGGCAAUCUCGAUUUUCUUCAAGGCUUAACCUCUCGCUAUUGGCUUCUUUCCCUUCUUCUUCCCAUUUCGGCCUCGUCCGUUGACACUGUUUUUUUUUUCUCCCAUUCGACCAUUAGGCGCUUGCGUCUUUCGCUUCUAUCCUCCCCGUACGUGUGCUAUGCAUCGUAUUCGCUAAGAUUAUUCUUCUUUCUUCUUCUCUUCUUUUAAUCAUUCUUUUCAUUUCAACCCCUUACCCAUUUACCUUUUUUUUUCUUCUUUCGCUUCUUUCCGGCUUGACGUCGAAGGCGUAGGUGCUGUCGCGCUGCCCUAAAGUCGAUAUUCUUUUUUUUAUAUCGACGUGCCGUUCUUUUAUACUUUCAAGCCCUUCGACUUCGAUCAAACGCCGCCCUUGACUAUUAGCAAAAAGACGCCGGUCGUCAAUACCGCAUUUUUAAAACACAAAAAAGCCAAACCCAAACGAUACCAACGUAAACUGUACUGGAGGAAGUAAGAGGGGAGAUAUUGUUGUUAAAAGAGCAGGAGAGAGAAAGAAAGAGAGAGAGUGUGGGAAAAGAUAAAAAUAAUAAGUCAAGAUGGUUAAUAAGGUGCUUGCGGCCUUCAUGGUCACGGACGGGCUGUUUGUGGCGAUGGGCGCGAUCAUGCUGGGCUUCAGCGUCAUUGUCCAGCAAACGUGUUUCGACACGCCGGGAGACGGAAACGAGGCAGCCCGAGAUUUGCUGUACCAGAAGUUCCCCUUUACAGCCGGCAUCGUCAACGCAGUCUUCGUCUUCGUCACCUUCCUGGCCACGAUCCCCGCCAUGGCGACGAAUAACCGGAGCUGGCUCAAGCUCGCCGGGUACAUGGUCGUCGUGACCGCCGUCUUCACCAUGGCCAUCGGCGUGGACCUGUGGAUCCUCACCCUGACCAUGAAGGAGGAGUUCCACCAGAUCUGGCUGUCGCAACAACCUCCCGUGCAAGAGAUGAUGCAAGCAGCUUUCAACUGCUGCGGCUUCUUCAACUCCUCCUCCCCCGCCUUCAUCACCGACGCGACGUGCCCGAGCCCCGCGACCGCCGCCCUCAUGCAGGGGUGCUCGACGCCGCUGAGCUCCUUCGGCAAUACCUUCGUCGACAACAUCUUCACCGCCAUGUUCGGCAUGGUCGGCAUCGACACCGUGCUCAUCAUGUCCAUCGCCUGCCUGCUCAAGGACCGGAAGGAGCGCGAGCGCUUCCGCCACAUCGACGAGAAGAGCGGUGUCCGAGGCACUUUUUAAAAAUUCCUAAAUAAAAAAAGAUUUGCCAACAUGCCUCUUCCUGAUUAACGAUAUGUGCCGGGCAUCAAGUGGGGGGGUUUUUUUUUCUCGGUUGUCAACGUGUAGAUUUUUUUAAAAAUUUUUAGGAAUUUACCGAUAAUGGGAAGAAAUCUACUGUUUGGUCGGGUUUGGCUGGAGAUGUUUUCACGUGUAGCAGGCAGCAAGCAUCAUGACGAGUUGGAAGCAAUUUCAUCAAAUACAACUACCACUAAUUUUUUUUGCCGAAUUGUGGAAACAUUAGAAAUGAUUGUAGAAACGGCCGGCUGUCAACGGAUCCCCUGAAUUAAGCAUUCCCUUAUUAUCCUGUUGUUCAUGUUUAUAUGAUAGUUACCCCUAUAUAUCGUUUUUAGUCAAGAAACUAUGCUAUUUAUUCUUCUAGAU